AUGCUGUUCAACAUUAAGGAUUGUGGAGGACAAGACAAAUGUGUUAACAAUUACUUUGAUCAUAAACGAAAGCAUCUAUUUCGCAACGUUGAUGUUUUUGUUUACUUGUUUGAAGUUAAUAACCGCGACGAUGAAUUUGCAAAAGAUCUGAAACACUUCAAAUCACUCUUAAGUGUUAUUUGCGAAGGUUCUCCUUUUGUCAACGUGUUUUGUCUAAUGCAUAAAAUGGAUUUGGUAGAACCUGACCAAAAGGAAAAGUUGUUCAGAGAUCGUGAAAAUGAACUAAUUAACAUUUCCAAACCUGUAAAGAUUUCUUGUUUUAUGUCAUCAAUUUGGGAUGAAUCAUUAUAUGGGAUUUGGUCUUCAAUUGUAUACGGAUUAAUAUCAAAUGUUCAGAUAUUGGAAAAUACAUUGAAAUUAUUUGCCGAGGAAAUGGAAUGCGACGAGGUGAUACUAUUUGAACGGACUACUGCUCUUGUAAUAGCUAAAUAUUUACGUGUACCUCAUAAUGACGUAAAUAGAACUCAAAAGGUUUCAAGAACGAUAAAAAUCUUCAAGGCAAAAUUGGACCGAAACAGGAUAUCCCAUGACAUGUUUGAAAUUCGACAUUCGAGGUUAACAAUUUUCAUACAUAAAUUAACAUUUGAUACUUUUUUAAUGGUUGUGACAAACCAUACAACCACAAAAUUGAUUCCAUUUAACAUCAAAAGCUUAAAAGCACAUUUUUCGAAAUUAUUACAAGAUAGCUGCCAACAGCCAGAAACUAGCAAUCAUUUAUAA